GAUUAGUAAUUAUCUCACUGAUUACGAAGGAUUAUAGAUAUGUAAAACAUAUCAGUAGAUAUUUUUUAUUUUGACUGACUCAAACACGUAUGUGGCGUUGUGAAACAUGGACUACAAAGCCGGACUUCUGGUGUUCAUCACCCUUCUGAUUGGCAGCUUUGCCUUUCCAACACUCGAAGAGACUGCUUUCUACGAUGAAGAUGACGUCUCCAUGUUCUUCGACCAAACCGAUGUCAACGCUCGUAUUGUCGGUGGCACUCCGGCGGCUAUCGGUGGCCACCCUCACAUGGUGGCAAUGACCUCUGGAGCCGUCGUGAGGAGUUUCCACUGCGGAGCCUCUCUGAUCAGCCAACGCACUGUCCUUACUGCUGCUCACUGCAUUGAUGCUGUUUUUAGAGAAGGUGUUAUUCUUAGCACUUUCCGUCUGAACAUCGGCUCCAACCUCUGGAACGGUGGAACCGACUACGAAGUGGCUCGUAAUUACACCCACCCGAACUGGUACAGGCCAACGAUCAAGGAAGACAUCGGUGUUCUCAUCACCGCCACCGAGGUAGCUCUCAGUAGCGCGGUGCAACCCGUGCCCCUCACUUAUGACUACAUCGGUGGAGAAGUUGAAGCUGUAAUUGCUGGUUGGGGCCGAGUCAGGGCUGGUGGUGCGAUUUCUCGCCAACUUCUGGAACUGAGAACCAAAACUCUUGACGGUGCUGAUUGCAUGAUUCACGUUGCUCGUGCUAGCAUCAACCUGAAUUCGAAUGCUCCACACAUUGACUCCCGGUGUGAAAUCUGCACGCUCCAUUCUCCUGGAUUAGGUAAUUGCAACGGUGACUCUGGCAGUGCUCUUCGUCGCGUUACCGAUGGUCAUCAGAUCGGUAUCGUCUCCUGGGGUUUCCCGUGUGCCCUCGGUGCCCCUGACAUGUUCGUCAGGGUCAGCUACUACCAGGACUGGUUGAGAUCCGUCAUCGUUUAAGAUAGAUCAAUACUGUAGACUGUAACUAACUGGGACUUAUUUACAAAUUUAUUUUCCAAUAGUUGUUUUAAAUUUUAAGUAUGUAUUGUCUUUAUAACAUACAAGUUAUAUUACUGUAAAUAUUUUUAACAUUGUCGCAAUAAAAAUAAAACUAAUGUCUAA